UAACCAAUCCCAUAAGCGGCUAUUCUUGUAUACGAAAAGCAUGUUUCCGAUAAAGACCCACGUAAUACCUCUGGAAAGAGAAAUAGAGAAGAUAUAUGGCCUUUCUUUACCUCUUUCUUCGCAGCAACGAGGCGCUCGCCCCCCAAACGCCCCUUGCCCGCUUCUUAAUCUCACUCCAUCUAUCGUAGAGCGGGUAGAUAACGACGGUAAAGAAGGCCAAAAGUUGCUAAAAGAUAGCAACGGUAACCAACCCAAAAAGAAGCUCUUAGAGAAGAUAUAGUCGCGAUACAGCGGCAUGGGCCAGAGAACGAAGGUAAUAAGAACAAUAAGCCGAACCAAAUCCAUGCAACGCUAGUCUAAACAUUUAUUCUAAGAUUCUGCAACAAAUUGCAUACCUUGUUGGGUGCCCUUCUAAGCCGUAUGCUUACAAGACUUACUGUGCAAAAGGUUCAUACCUAACCUUGCAUAACAAUCGGGAUGAUCCUUGAGUAAUCGGAAUAAUCAUCGGAGUAAGCGGUGUUAUCAAUCCAUCAGAUAAAAGCUGCCGGCAGGACCCUAAACCAUUAAUCUGAAAAACCAAGACUAUAUUACUUUUCCUAUUUGCAAAAAUGGUUGCAUCUUCAACAAGUCCAAAACAUGGCACAACUACUCAGCCGCAAGAGCUCGCGCAAAUGCCUCCAGCGCACGUUACAAAUGUAGACACAUCGCCCACGAGCAAACGAGAUCCAGAUCAUGACCCUUUCCUGGUCGAGUUCACACCUGGAUUUGAUGUCCGGAAUCCCAAAGAUUGGACUACGAGCCGCAAGUGGUCCGUCACAGACGUCCUAUCAGCAUCCGGUUUUAAUCGUAUCAUGGUAUCCACAAUCAUGGCUCCCGCACUCACCACAAUCGCACACGAGCUUGAGAUGAGUCCGACAGAGUCUGCUCUUGCUCUUUCGAUAUACCUUCUCGCAUCUGCGUUUGGUCCCAUAUUCAUUGGUCCCUUGUCCGAAGUGUACGGACGACAGACCGUUCUACACGUCACUGGCGUGUGGUUUUUGGCGUGGAACGCGGCCUGCGGAUUCGCAAAGAACAAAGAAACGCUCAUUGCUUCGAGGUUUCUGGCCGGGUUUGGCGCAAGUAGUAUCUAUGCUCUGGCGGGAGGGGUUCUUGGGGAUAUCUGGGGACCCGAACAACGAGGUCGGUCGCUCGGUCUCUAUCUGCUCAUUCCCAUCAUCGGGGCAGCUGUCGGUCCCAUUAUUGGAGGUUUCAUGGCCGGAAGAACGACGUGGCGGUGGAUGUUCUGGUCCACUUCGAUUUUCCAAGCUGUGAUGGUCCUUGUCUCAUUCGGAGUAUUCCGCGAAACAUAUGCGCCGGUUAUACUGAAACGGCGAGCGGCGAUGCUGAGGCGUACGACCGGCGAUAGUCGUUACUAUACUAUCCAUGAGCGCAUGGAGGAAAGCCAUUCCCUGGCAUAUAUCCUGGCGAAAGCAUUCACUCGACCAAUGCGCCUUCUUCUACUACAACCUCUGGUCCAGACAGCGUCUCUCAUCUCGGCACUCUCGUACGGCAUAUUGUACAUUUUACUGUCCAGCUUCUCGGAUCUUUGGAUUCAACACUACAACAUGUCCGUUGAGAUGAGUGGCCUGCAUUAUAUCGCGCUGGCCGCUGGGGAACUAACGAGCUCCACGCUCGGUGGUUAUCUCCUUGACAGUAUCUACAGCCGUAUGAAAGCCCGCGACCCAGAGAAUGAAUUGGAGCCCGAGCACCGCCUUCCUUUCGCCCUCCCAGGGUAUCUCCUCUCCGUUCUUGCUCUUGUAUUUUACGGCUGGACUGCGCAAUUCAGAGUUCAUUGGAUUGCUGUGGACAUUGCGAUAUUCCUUGUGUCUUUUGGCCUUCAAUUGGCAGGGCUGCCGCAGCAGGCAUACGUCAUGGAUGUCUACCAGGAGCACACCAGCAGCGCUCUGGCCGCAUCGCAAUUCCCACGAAGUCUGGCGGCAUUCUUGUUUCCGCUUUUCGCGCCUGCCAUGUACCGUAGUCUGGGGUAUGGGUGGGCCAAUAGCGUGCUUGCUCUUUUGGGAUUGAUGCUGGGACUUCCGGGUUCUAUAUUCUUCUGGCGCUGGGGAAAGCGGAUGCGGAUGAAGUUUGUGGGUAGCUAUUGA